AUGAACGUUGCUGUUGUUAGGCCGUUGGUGGAUCGGCUGUAUGAUCCGGCUGACGUUUCAGUAGUGUACUGUCUGUUGGUGAAUCGCGUCCAGUUCCUCCGGGAGCAGUCUCAUCAAGCACACCAUCAGACUGUAACUGUUACACGCGCCAUCCUCUGCGAGCUGAUUGCUGGCAAGAUCUUACGCCGAUUCAAUGAAGAGAACCCCGGGCGUUCAGGGUUACUGCUUCUGGCGAACGUUCUCGUUUCUGGCUUCGAGCCGUUCCAGAAUGCGCCUGUCGAAUUUGCUCACAGUAAGAAGCACGCAACGCAGUGGGCCUAUCAAAAACGAGGUGGAUACGAGCGGAAACUCACCGCUCUCGAGAUCGCGAUUGUCUCGGAGAGCAAGUUCUUCCUCAGCGGCGUUGCCUGCCAGAAGGUGGUAGAGGCCGUGUAUAGAGGCCGUGUUGUAUAUACGCCCACCUCCUUCAUCGAUAUACUACCGGACCACUACAAGCACAAGCCGAUCUCGCUCUACAAUCCUCGCAAAGCUCCACUACUGAACCAGUACCGCCUGAUCGUGCCUCGAACGCGCAACAUCAUCGAGAUAUGCCAGUUUGCAGUCCUGCUGGCUUUGUACGUCCUCGCCAUGACCCACCGCGAUCACACGACUUUCGACAGAUACGAGCUAUGCUUCUGCGUCUACGCCGGCGGCUGGGUGCUAGACGAGUUUGCCUCUAUUCUCGAGCACGGCUGGCAAGUGCACACGCAGAACCUCUGGUCCUUCCUUGACAUCACCUUCAUCGUAAUCUUCACCUCCUACCUUCUCGUCCGGCUCCACGGCCUCUCAACCAACCAGCCCGAAGCCGGCCGGCAAGCCCUCGACAUCCUCUCCAUCGCCGCGCCGAUCCUCCUCCCCCGCCUCGCAUUCAGCCUCAUGCCGGAGAACAUGCUCUUCAUCUCACUCCGCGCAAUGAUGGCCGACUUCAUCAUCCUGACCCUCCUCGCAAUCUGGUGUUUCGCCGGCUUUCUGCUCGCCCUGAAGUGGCUCGGCCAUAACCCGGCCUAUCCGUCCCAUCCAACCGAUAAUCCGGACCCCCUCACCAUCUCGAAGUGGAUGCUGUGGAUCUGGUUCGGCCUCGAUGGGACGGGUAUCCAGCGCGCCCCCGCCUUCCACUUCUUGCUGGGCCCGCUCGUCAUGAUUCUCUUCGCGUUCUUGGGGAACACGCUGUUUCUUACUGUGCUUGUGUCGAGCUUGAGCAACACGUUCGCCAAGCUCGCGGCGGACGCGCCCGCGGAGAUUGCGUUUCGCCGCGCGGUCUUGACGUUUGAAGGCGUGAAAUCGGACGCGCUGUUUGCGUACCGGCCGCCGUUCAACGUCCUGGCGCUCGUGCUGGGCCUCCCGCUCAAGGCUGCGCUGUCGCCGCGCCGCUUCCACAAGGUCAAUGUGUUUGCGGUGCGCGUCCUCAAUGCCCCGAUUUUGCUUGGUAUCUCGCUAUUCGAGCGGCGGUAUCUGUGGAAGAACACCAGGGCGACGGACCCGAGCAAGAGGAGCAAGGUGCUGGCGUUUUGGGAUCUGGGCCGGUUUGGCGUCCAUGCGGAUCUGGCGGCUGUGUUUGAGGGGCAGCCGCCGCAGAGCGUGAUUCAGGAGAUUGAGGCGGUGGAUGAGUUCGAGGACGGGGUCACGAGUGAGGGGUUUUUGUUGCCGGUGCCGAGGGUGGGUGAGGCGGCGAGGGCGUCGGAGGCGAGGAGGAGGAGGUGGAGUAUGGUGCAGUGA